CGCCGCCCCCCCGCGCCGCUCCCGCAGCAUGAUCCGCGGCGCCUGGAUGUACCCCCGCGGGGGCGCCGCCGGCGGGGCGGUGUGCUGCGCGCCGCGCCGCAGCGACAAGCCGGUGGCCGACCCCGAGCGGGCGCAGAAAUGGCGCCUCUCGCUGGCCUCGCUCCUCUUCUUCACCGUCCUCCUCUCCGACCAUCUGUGGCUCUGCGCCGGGGCCAAGCUCCGGGCGCGGGAGCGGAGCGGCGCCGGGAGGGCGAGGAGCCGCGGGCCGCGGGCCCUGCUGGCGGCCGACCCGGCGGGCGGCAGCUGCGAGGCCCUGCUCGGUAACCUCAGCCGGGCCCCCGGCCCCUGCCCCGCCGCCCGCGGCGACCUGGACUCGGCCUGCGCCCGGCUGCAUGCCCUGCAGCGGCCGCGGGGCUCCCCGGCCGGCGCGCCCCUCCGCUCGCCCCCCGCCGCCGCCCCCUACUUUGCCUCUCCCUCCUCCAAGAGGACCUUCCUGCAGGCUUACUUUAGGAACUUCAACCUCUCCUUUUGUGAUACUUACACGAUCUGGGACCUGCUGCGGGAGAUGGCCGGCCCGGACGGCCUGGACUGCAGCGUGGACAACCUGAUGGUGGACUUGGUGGUGGCGGCGGCCGGGGCGCUGGGCGGGGAGGCCUGUAGCAGCUGCGUCCAGGCGUACCAGCGGCUGGACCAACACGCUCAGGAAAAAUACGAGGAGUUCGACCUCUUGCUGGAGAAGUACUUGCAAUCGGAAGAGUACUCGGUCAGAUCCUGCCUGACAGACUGCAAGGCUGUCUACAAGGCCUGGUUGUGCUCCGAGUAUUUCAACGUGACCCAACAACAGUGCCAACACCGGAUCCCAUGCAAGCAAUACUGCCUGGAGGUGCAGACCAGGUGCCCGUUUGUGUUACCGGACAAUGAUGAGCUGAUCUAUGGAGGUUUGCCUGGCUUCAUCUGUACAGGGCUGCUGGAGAACCAGCUGCCUGACGAGGAGGCCAAGUGCUGCGAGGUGCAAUGGGAUUCCUGCGACCACCCGCCAGACAGCAACGACAACACAUCCCCCAAAUCCACAGCAUCAGAGUCACUCCAUUUCCACCGCCACGACCCCCACCUCCAUCACCAGCGGCAGAACCACUACCACCUCUACCACCACCACCACCACCACCAGUACCACCAGCCCCACUCCCCAUCCUUGCUGCCGGUCUCCGCAGGGUCUCGCUUCAGCAGCAGCAGGAUCAGACUGUGCGUGCUGGUCCUGAUGCUUCUCCACACCAUGGUGUCCUUCUCGAGCGUGCACAGCGGUGGCGGGGCGGCCGGCGGAGGGCUCAGCCUGGAGGCCCUGCCUGCCCUGGAGGAGAGCGUGGCGCGGGACGAGUGACAUGGAGGGGAAAGCCGACCUCUAAGAAGAACGCCAGAUCUUUUUCCACGAAGGGGGGCACAUGCUAUUCCUCCAAUGGGAGGCACGGGAUUGGGGGUGACGCACACACACACACCCCUGCACAUACCCCCAAGAGCUGCUCGCCGCGGGGCAUCCCCGUGAUGAAGAGUCUCUAAUGCGCACAGGGCUGCGGGACUCGGCUUUGAGAAGGGUUCGGUCAGUAGCAGCUGGCGCAGGAAGAGUGAAUCUUCUAGCCUCCGAUACGGUCGGACAUCACGGUUCUGGGAUGCCUUCAAACCUGGUGAUGCUCCCGUAUGCUCAUGGGAGUUUAAAUGUGGAAGAAACUCAACGGGCCGGGAUGGCGCGAAGCAGGAAAAGCCGCGGUUCAACAGGAACCGGUGUGAGGGAAAGUUCUGAAGAACCCCCAAGGAAAGUGUCCUUGCCCUCUUGCCCUUCUCCACUCCGAGCGCGGGAGAUGCUGCUCCUGGCAGCCGUGGCGAGGUCUCUCUGCCCCUCUGCCACGGGGGGACCUCGGUGGGGACCAGAGCCCACCCCCCGCCGGGGCAGCUUUGCCUGUAGGGGACCAGGCUGCUCGUGACCGAACCCUUCUCAAGUGCUUGUGACAUGUCGGUGGUUACAGAGCUCAGACCUACAAAACAAAAGGUCCUUUUACAGAACGUGGUGGCGAGGUGAAAACAAAACAGAAAACAAACCAUACUGCUGAAGUCAAAAUAUUCUUUCUAAUCCCCCUGCCCGGUUUCUCUUUCUUUCCAGCUUUCUUCCUCUGCCUCCUGAAUCCUCCCUCUCUGUUCCCACCCCCCUUCUGUUUCUCUUUCUCCCCUCUGUCAUAAGAAAGUGACUGUGUCCUCGAGGGGACAGUUUUCUUAUGCCAUUUUAUACACUGUGCUUCAUGUUUAGAACUUUUUUGCACUAGUUCCUAUUACAUUUCUUUUCCAAAAUGGUUUGACAAAAAAAAAAAAACCCAAACAAAAACACAGAAACCAUGCUAUAAUUCAGUUGUAUUAAAAAUAUUAUCCUACUACUCUCUGUGUUCAAUAGUCUCUGUACCUGUAAUGCUUUCAGUUCUGUUGUAUUUUGGGGCAGAGGUUUUCUCCGCUCCUUGUUUAACCCAGUAAAGAAAUAAAAUGUUAAGAAUUGAUGAUAA